AUGCGCUCCUCUACUCUCCUCACCCUCCUCACCGCAGCCGCCACCGUGUCAGCCUCCCCCUUGGGCCGCCAGGAGAUCACCACCACCACCACCACCACCAUCAUCUCCAACACCGGCUCCUCCUCCACCACCCCCGCCUUCCCAAUCCAUUCAAGCUGCAACUCCACCCUCUUCCACCAGCUCACCCGCGCCUUUGACGAGACCGUCACCCUCGCCUCCGUCGCCCGCGAUCAUCUCCUCGAGCACGGGCAGUCAUCACCCUUUGUCAAGAAGUACUUCGGACCCAACUCCACCACCAUCGCCCCCCUAGGGGUCUUCUCCCGCGUCGCCUCCGCCGCGAGAGGGAAAAUGCUCUUCCGCUGCGACGACCCAGACCGGAAUUGCGCCACCCAAGAAGGCUGGGCCGGCCACUGGCGCGGUUCCAACGCUACGCAAGAAACCGUCAUCUGUGACUUGUCUUUUGCCCCGGGGAAGAGAAGGUGGCUGGAUCAGGUCUGCGGGUUGGGGUACACCGUCAAGGAGGGGGCCACCAACCUGUUCUGGGCUACCGAUUUGCUUCACCGGACUUUUCACGUCCCUCAGGUGAGCGAGGAUGCGGUGCACCAUUAUGCUGAUGGGUGGGAUGAGGUUUUGGGCAUGGCCGAGGGGGGGGAUGAGAGGAGUGGGUUUGAUAGUGAUGCGUUGAUUUAUUUUGCGGUUGAUGUUUAUGCGUAUGAGGUUGCUGAGCCGGGGAGGGGGUGUGGGGGGUAUGAGAUGGGGAAUUGA